GGGAUAUGAGCUACCCUGCACGCGUUCAGCCGAGGGUACCUGUAAACAUGCAUAAGCCCAGCCUGUCCAGUCUUUCCUCGACGACAUUUGCGUAGGAGACUUUCGCUGUUUAUUCAAAUAGGAUCGAGAAACCAUUAUAUAUUAUUUGAUUCGACGGAGCCUAUUAUGGGUCUUCCUACGGAGGUGUUGAAGGCCUGGGAGGCGUGCGAUCGUACUGAUACGCUGUUUGUGCUGGUAUGCUGCGUCUUUUGCUGGGGAAUCAUCCCUGCGGUCGGCAUAGCCUAUUCUGGUUAUACCACACGGUCGAAUUCGCUUGCUGCAGUCAUUCCCUCUAUCCUCGCAGUCAUCGUCUGCACCAUCCAGUGGUUCCUAAUCGGGUACACACUGACCUACAGCGAGGGAGGGCCGGUGUUUGGUGACUUCACCUAUGCAUUCCACCGCAAUGUACUUUCCGAGCCUGUCGGCACCAUUCCAGCAAUCUUGUUCAGUUUCUUCCAGCUCGUCUUUCAAGCCACAGUCUGCGCAAUUGCUGUUGGUGGGGCCUGUGAACGGGGGAGAAUACUACCAUUGAUUCCUUUCAUCUUCCUUUGGUCGACAUUCAUAUAUAACCCGCUUGCACACAUGGUCUGGGGCGGUGGCUUUCUGCAAAACCUCGGCGUUGUGGACUUCGCAGGUGGCACUCCUGUUCAUAUCAACAGUGGCGCAACAUGUACAGCAAUGAGCGUGUACCUCUCGUAUCCGCUCUUCCGCUCCCGCAAAUCCGCCGUCCGUACACCUUCGCAUCUGGUCAUUCACCGCCCUGUCAACUCUCUCUGUCAGCUGCUUGCUAUGAUCAGCAUCUGGGGCUCAUGGCUCGCUUUCGACGCAGGGACAACGUUGGCAUUCAACUUCAAAUCCGUCAUGGCACUAUGUGUUACGAAUUUGUGCGCUGCUAGUGGCGCACUCACUUGGAUGCUGUAUACGUACGUCGAAGUAGGUCGAUGGAGCCUCGACUCAUGCUUCAUGGGCGCCAUUUCUGGACUCAUCAUGAUCACACCAUCUGCGGGCUUUAUCGACAUGCCUUCAGCAAUGCUCUUUGGAUGCGUCGGAGCACUUUUCUGUCGUCAGACACUGAGAAUCAAGUUUACCGAUUUUGCGCGACGAUGGAGAUGGGUGGAUCAUGGUGACACAUUUGCGACACACUGUCUGGGCGGCUUUCUUGCGACUAUCGGAACAGGCUGCCUGGUCAGAAAGGACGUGGCAGGCUACGACGGAGUCACCGAGAUCGUGGGAGGUGUAUUCUUCGAUGGCAACGUGAGGCAGCUUGGAAUCCAAAUCGUGGAGGCGACAGUUGGGUUCACAUGGUCGUUUGUCGGAAGCUACGUAAUCUAUGCACUGAUUGACUGUGUUCCAGGGUUUGAGGUACUGGCUGAAGACAAGGACAUCAUUGCUGGUCUGGAUGCAAGUCAAAUGGACGAAGAGACUUUGUGGACCGAGACGCAGAAAUACUCCCCAUUUGCGGAGCCAAACGGCGAGCUGCACCUUGAUUAGUCAUUGCAGUCAGAAGCCAGGGAACAGUUUGGAGAAUUGAUUUAGUUGGGUUGCGCGGGUACCAAGAAGUCCCGUUCAUGGAUAUGGAUUGUGUUUUUGUGUUCUAUGAUUUUCGUGAUGUCAUUGUGCUACCUGUCACUCCGUAAAGCGAAUCAGUCGAGCAAUCUUUUGGUAUGUUGGAAAUAUCGCGUCGAUCCUAGAGCUUAGUAGUCGUCACCACGACUGAUGACCUCCUUGACGUUUGGUCGGAGGAUAAGUGUCUAUCAAUGGUCAGUGUUACU